AUGUGCAAUUAGAAGAUGACAUUCUCGCCAAGCGUGGAUUUAUUACAACUAUGAAAGAUUUUGCAUUGGAUAAAACCGUGCGCAAAGAACCAUGGCUCGUUUUAGAUUUUUGUCAGCUUGGUUUUAUCGGCAAAAUGUUUAAAUCGGCUGAACUUCCGUGGUUGAUCACAUUCUUUCAAAUGUUCUACAACGAUAAGCCGGUCGAUUGGCUACUCGACCAUUUGAUGGAUACAAAAGUUUGCAACUGCGAAAAGGAUCAGAAUGAUUGCAAAUUGGAAAAAGCAAAGUUAUGGCUGCAUUACAAGCCAUCGCUGUUCCAGCACAUCGGAACGACCUCAUCUUUACGUGGCAAAGUGCAAAAAUUGAAGGACACACAAUUCGGUAAAAUCCCAUUAUUUUAUCCGCAUUCGAAUCCAUCGGCCACCGUAAAAAGUCCAAUAAAUCCGUAUAAAAGUCAUACAUUGAACCGUGCAUACUUGGGUGAGGAUUUCUUUUGGGGUCUCUUGCCGCAGCCAGGCGACUUGGUUGAAUUUAUUUUUCAUCAGCCCUAUAAUUUAAGAAGAUAUCUAUUUCGGAGUGGUAAUAGUGAGCAUCCAUCGGACUGCUUCAACAAGAACACAUCUGUGGAAAUUUUGCCAGCAUCAUUGCCAGAAGAUGCAUAUAUAUGGAGUGCCUACAAUUCAACGACCGACGGAUUCCUAAUCGUUGGAUGCUUUAAUGAAGUUGGCAUCGCUGAAGGAGUAAUCGAUGCGAAAAUCGGAAAAAUUAGAGAAAUUCGAUUACGCGUGCACACCAACAACGGAAAUUGGGCCAUUCUUAGCGAAAUCCACUUAGAAGAUUCAGCAGCGUGAUGAUUUUUCUGAAUUAUUCAUGUUGAAUUUUGCAUAAUAUUGUCAUAAACUUAAACAUCUGGCUGGACAAAUUCUUGCUUAUUAUUCGACCAAUCGCGGUGCGAAUUUUACACAAUAUCGCCUGAGCCAAACAUCAUUAAAACACAAACAUACGUUUACCGUUGGUUCAGCAUUUCGUAUCUGCGGAUAUAUCCGAGCAUAUCGACGACGCAAGUCAAUGUAUAAGUGGCGUGCGUUGAUGUGCACAGCUAUAUCGACUACACACAAACACUACGCUCUCUGUUUGUGUAUAAAACGCUCUGUUUGUGUAUAGUCGAUUUAGCUAUGCACAUCAACGCACGCCACUUAUACAGUGACUUGCGUAGUCGAUAUGCUCGGAUAUAUCCGCAGAUACGAAAUGCUGAGAUGCUGAACCAUCGGUAAACGUAUGUUUGUUAAAACAGAACACAUUUUGUUAUUUAGCGACACGUUGAUGGAACACAUAAACAGGAUUUACAAGCUAUAUAUAAAUGACUAUGUAUGAACGAAAAAAAAAACAAACUGUGAUAUAAAUAUUACAUACACUCAAUGAAGCAGCGGACUUGUCGUUACACGCUUAAAUGUGGCAUUGCACUCUAUUUAGCGAUUCGUUAUAGAAGUAAAAAAAAUGUAAUUCUUAUUACUUUAUUACCUACUUAUUACUGUAAUAAGAUGACCUAUUACUUAUUACUCAUCUUAUUACUUUGCAAUAAGAUGCAUAAUAAGUAAUAAGUCCAUAUAAGAUGAUUGUAAUAAGAUUGUAAUAAGUAUCUUAUUACUUUUGGUGCAAAAACAAAUCGCAAAAAUAGUUUCAUGUAAAAAACAUGUCAAUUUUUGUCAGACGAAAAAAUGUUGAAAAAAAAUGUGUCUUGCAAAAUUUGACAUGAUUUUUGUAUGAAAUUACAGUAAUAAGUAAUAAGUAAUAAGUUGGAUUCAGUGUGGAUUUUUGCUUGGCAUUUAUAUCAUUUAUUUUAUUUUUAUUUUUAUUGAUUUAUAAUGGUGUUGAAAAGAGGAAAAAUCCCAAUAACAUUCUUCACCUAAUAGAAAUAAAAUAUCGAAAGGAAGAAAUAGCAAAAAAGACGACGAAAAUAUAAAUAUAUGAAAUAAAUUAAAUAAUCGAUUUAAAGUUUAAAAAA